GACAACUCAGUGUUUUUUAUAGAGCAGCACAACAUUUAGUGAAAAAAUUUAUUUUUUAUAUUGUUUUAGAUUUUUUUGUUUAAAAAAUAAUAAUAAAUGCUCAAAAUCUAAACAAAUAAACCACAAGUAUUAAUAACUAAAUAAUAUUUGUAUACAAAUUAAAAAAAUAAUACCAAUUAUUAAGAAAAUAUGUAUCAAAUGUAAAAAAACCAAAACGCCAGCAAUAAUGCAUUAAAAAUAAGAUUUGGAACACAACAACAAUUGCCUGCGUGGAUGUAUGGGGAGAAAUCUAUAAGAAAACAUAAUAGAAUUAAAAAAAAUAGAUUACAGAAAUUCUAACAAAAAAAAUCAAAAAUAUCGCAGAUAAUAAAUAGAAAAUUAAUUAAAUUUGAUUGAAAGUGUGAGUGAAAACAAUAGCACACAAAGCAUUGGAGUAUGAGUAAUAGUGCAGCAACUAAUGGUGCCAAUGGCGGUAGCCGUCGCGCACAACAAGUGGAUUGGAAUCGUUUUGGUUUAGGCAACGAAGAUGAUGGGGAAGUGGUGGUGGCAAAUUUUCGCCAGCGAGCCAAUACCGGAGGCUUUAUAGAUUUAGGCAAUGAACACACUUAUGCUUCAGGUGGCCAUCAGGCUUCGGGAGCCAAUGAAAUAUUUGCCCAAGAACAGGGCGAUAAACCUUGGUGGCGUUCCAAUUUUUUUAUAUCCCAGCCCGUUUUAUUCGGCACCUGGGAUGGUGUAUUUACCUCCUGCCUAAUUAAUGUGUUUGGUGUUAUAGUUUUUCUGCGUUCCGGCUGGAUAGUAGCCCAAGCCGGCAUUUUAAAUGCCAUUUUAAUUAUAUUUUGCACAGUGGUUAUAGCAUUGGUCUCUGUGCUUUCUGCCGUAGGCAUAUGUGAACGUUGUCGGGUGGAAAGUGGUGGUGUAUAUUUCCUCAUAGCCCAUACUUUAGGUUCCAGAUUUGGUGGAUCCUUAGGUUUGCUCUACUGCUUUGGCCAGGCUGUAGGUUGUGCUUUGAAUGUCAUGGGUUUUGGUGAAUCUAUGGCUGGAUUGGUGGGCUUGGAAGAUAAUAAAUGGGCCAUCAGAGGUUUUGCCACCGCAGCUGUUUUACUAUUGGGUUGUAUUAAUGUGGCCGGAGUAAAAUGGGUCAUUAAGUUGCAAUUUAUUUUGCUUAUGAUUUUAUUGGUAUCCGCUUUGGAUUUUAUGGUGGGCAGUUUUAUUGGAGAAGAUAGGGAAAAUGGCUUUGACGGCUGGGCCAGCAAUAAUUUUGUGUUAAAUUUUUGGCCUAAAUAUGAGGAUGGCUACUCCUGGUUUAGGGUAUUUGGUGUGUUCUUCCCCACCGUCACUGGUGUUUUGUCGGGCAUUAAUAUGAGUGGAGAUUUGAGAGCUCCAUCCACAGAUAUACCCAAUGGCACUCUAGCUGCUUUUGGAACUUCAACCUUCCUUUAUAUGGUGUUCCUUUUGUUUUUGGGCUCCACCUGUCAAAGAGAAACUUUAUUAACCGAUUUUAUGAUAGUGGUUAAGGUGUCCGCUGUUCAUUUACUAUUGGUGGCGGGUAUUUAUGUGUCCAGUAUGUCUUCAUGUUUGGGUGCCAUGUAUGGCACACCUAGAGUGUUGCAAAGUAUUGCCAAGGAAAGUGUUAUACCCGGCAUUGAUAUUUUAGCUAAAGGACGUGGUCCUAAUAAAGUGCCUCUCUAUUCUAUGGGUGUGGUAGCCGUUGUCACUGUUACAUUUAUCAUAGUGGGCGAUAUUAACUUUUUGGCCCCCAUUGUUACUAUGCCUUUUUUGCUUACGUAUGCUUGUAUUGAUUAUUCCUAUUUUGCUUUGGCCCAAACUUUCGAUAUACAAGAACAACGCGAAGAACGUUUUCGCAUACAGGCCUCCUCACCCUCCUACGAAACCCGUCGUUAUGGUGCCACUCAAGAAGGCAAUGAUUUAGAUUUAUUAUUUCCCGAUCGAGUACGCCAUAAAAAUCUACAAAGUCCCCAAAAUUCACCUUUACAUGUGCCUUCAAACACCAACAAUGCUACACAACAAAAUGGCAAUGUACCAACAGAAGCCACUUCCUCAACAUCAAAUGCCGCAUCCUAUGCAGAAGGUGUGAAUAGUACAAAUGCUGAGGAUAAUUUAGAGACUGUUACCACCCAGGACAAUGAAGAUGAGGAACCUAUUGCCCCCAUUAGACCGCCUAUACAUUCCAAAACGAAAAAUUGGUAUUCAGGUUAUUGCAAUAGAUGGGCUUCGUUAUUGGGAGCCUUUACGAAAAUUUUGGUUAUGUUGUUGGUGAACUGGUAUUAUGCCUUAACCUGUUUUGUAGUAGUUUUCGUUAUUUGGUUUUAUGUGGGCACUGCAAAUCCUGCUGUUAAACCAGGUCUUACAGCAGAAUUUAAUUUCUUUGCUUGGUUGAAAAGUGUUAUAUUCCGGUGUUUCGGUAAACGCAUGCAUGAGUAUGAGCAAAUUGUGGUUACACCUUCAUGCCCUGGCGUAGAUCUUUCUCCCACUCAACUUAAUGAAGACAAUGAAGACUUUUCCCAAAGAAGGAGAUAUCAUCAUUCAUCUGUAGUGGAAGGCCAUUUAGUUAAUGAUAUUUAAAAGCAGCUUUAAUUUAAACUUACACACACACACCAUUAAAUAAACGCCACUUUAAAUAAGCUGGACCAACCUCAGAUAAAUUAUACGCCCUAAACCUUUAUAAAUCUAUAUAAAAAGAAAGUAAAAGAGAUAAAAACAAUAAUUUGAAUCUAAACGUUAUAUAGUU